CGAUUUGACUGGAUCGACGGUUUUGAGAAAAAAAAACUGGCCAUCCAGGCGAUUGCACAGGCGAUUGCAGGGGUUGCGAGCGUGACAGCCAUGACUUCUGGACGUCGACAAGCAUGGUGUCGAUCCGUGGUGCUUCUAGGCUUAUCGACGCUUUGCGGCAGCGGCCUCACGCACACAGAUACCUUCGAUCUUCGCCUGCUUCAUGGGCAAGAGAAUCGCUGGAUCGUCGAGUUUGCGACGUGUUGCACCACACAUCGCAUGCUGAGUCCGUGGGCGCUGGCAAUGAAGCUGUCUUGGCAGGGGCUAUGCCACGAGUCUUUGCUUCGUGCCGUUGGGGCAGCCAAGGUGCUCCGGUGAAGAGUCGAGAAGCGAUCGAGCGCCCUGACUUCAAUGGCGUGUGGCAAUUGCAUGGCACCGAGAAUCUGUCCGGCUUCAUGCAGUCCAUUGGUUACAACUUCUUCCUGGCCAAGGCAGCGAGUCUUGCACGGGUGACGCAGACCAUUGAGCAGAAGGAGGACGAGUUGCGCUUCACCUUCGAAGUUAAUCCGCCGCUCCUCUCACCCAGGCGAACUUCCGUAGUGCCUGUGGGCGCACCGGAAGUUCCGAUGAGCGAUGACGCAGGCAGAGAAAUGCUGUUGCUCAAUCCCAGAUGGGAGGGUGAGGUAUUUCACGCGGGCCUGCGGUACGUAGAUCCACCCCACGAGCUGACCAUCGAUCGAUACCUCGAGGACGGGUAUAUGGUGGAGCACGUCCGCUAUCCAAGCCGCGGAAUCGAGAUGCGCCGCAUCUUUCGCAAGCAGUGAUCCCUCUUGCACUCGGCACCAGAGGGUUUUUGGGAAAGCGUUUGGGGUCCCCUUAAGGGAAACCCCCAAAGAUCCCAGCAAGUGCCCGUCCUUCCGCGGAUUUCGCAGAUUUUAAGUCCGAUUCCGAUGCCGGGCUAUGCGACAAGAGAUCCGGUGCUGAAGGUUUGGUUCACC